AUGGAAAAAGGGUUUCUUGAUAAGGUGGAAGAUAAUGCGGCUGUCCAAACUUGGUCUGAGACAACACAACAUGAGAAAGGUGAUAGUUUGGCCGAAGGAUAUGUAUCAGAGUUGUGGGACUUCACUCGUGUUAGUGUGACUCAGAAUAACCUACAGGAACUAAAGGAAAUCUGGGACCGGUGGAAUGAUGAGAUUAAGCAACUCUUCUACUCUAGCUAUGGAGACCUACCUUACUUGCUCGACGUAAAGGUGGAUAAGCGCCUGUUCCGUGCCUUAGCCCAAUUUUGGAAUUCGGCUUAUUGUUGUUUCACCUUUGGAAGUGUUGAUUUAGUGCCUACAGUGGAGGAAUACACGGCAUUGCUUCGUUGUUCAAAAAUUCAAGUGGACAAAGCCUAUUCAAGAGCUGCUAAUGUUCUAACCUUUUUGAAGAAGUUGGUGAAUAUAACUGGGAUGAGUGAGCAAUGGGUCGCAGGACGAAUCAAACAGAAGGGAGAUAGCAAAUGUAUUCCUUGGAAGAAUCUGAGAGAUUUAAUUCAAGUACAUCCAGACACAAAGAAGAGGGUUGAUGUUUUUGCUUUGAGCAUCUACGACCUAGUUGUCUUUCCCAAAGCCUUGGGACAUAUCGAUGAAGCAGUCACUGAUCUUUUCGAUCGAUUUGAUAAAGGAGUCACACCGGUUCCAGCAAUUUUAGCAGAAACUUUCAGGUCACUGAACGAAUGCCGAAGAGUAGGUGAAGGAAGAUUCAUUGGAUGUGCGCAGCUUCUCUUGGCAUGGUUUCACAGUCAUUUCAGGAAGGUUGAUAAAUUUUCAUAUCGAGUUUUUUCUGAAACUUAUUCGCCCUUAAAGGAAAUAGUGGAAAUACCGAUGCAAGAUGGGGCCUUAGAAGAAAGAUGGAUUGCAAUUCUUCUGAAUCUUCAAGAGGAGGACAUUGAGUGGAGAGCUCCUUGGUUGCUGUCAGAUGAGAUAUUGUAUAGAUGUGGAGAUUUCGAUUGGGUUCCUCUACUUGGGAUUUGGGGAGCUAUUGGUUAUGCACCGUUACUGGUAUUGAGGCAGUAUAGAUCGAGGCAGUAUAGAUCGAGGCAGUUCAUACCUACAACCCAAGGAUUAGCUCAAAGUGAGUUCUCGUAUAAGUGUGAUGGUUACAAGAAAAAGAUUCGAGAAAUGACAAAUGCUUGGAGGCAGACUCGUCGAUUGAAGAGAUUGUCAGUAGGUCCGUCGAUGACUCCUGAAUAUGUCAGUUGGCUGGGUAGGAGGGUCAAUGAUAAUAUACCUGUACCAGGUUAA